GGAGAGGGAUCAUGUCAAGAGGGUCAGAAGACUCACGAUGAAGAUCUGCCUGGUUGUGGUGAUGGGCUACUUGGCCGUAGCUCUCGCCUAUGAUGAAGAUUGUCUGGAGUAUUGUUCUUGCUCUAAAGGAAUGGCCUCAAUUGCAAGGUGUACCCAACUUUCAACAGACAUGCUCUUCCCAGAGAGAGUAAAAUACCUAAUCGUAGAUUCUGUUCCAGAUUUACAAAUCAACUUGACAAAAGGUUUCUUCAGAGAAGUUGGUUUGCAACAACUUUUGACUAUACAAAUUUCCCACUGCUUAAUUUCUUAUGUUGAUGUAGGUGCAUUUGAAGGUCUCAGUGAGUUGACUGAUGUAGAUCUUUCUGACAACGGUCUAAUAUUUAUCCACAGAGAUACAUUUGAAACCAACAGCCGCUUGGAACGUAUAAAUCUGAGCUCCAAUCCUCUUCAACUUACACAGCUUUUGAAAGCCGAGCAAGAUUAUUUCUUAAAAUCCUCAUCGCUGUUGGAGCUGGAUCUAUCCUACUGUCAGCUGAGUAAUAUUGACAAAAGAUUAUUAUCGCAAGUUAUUAACCUUCAGUACAUAAAUCUCAAGUCAAAUAACAUCAAAGUAAUUGAUGAUUAUAUAUUUGAGAAUGUGCCAUUGCUCGAUGAAGUUGACCUCUCUGAUAACAUGCUUAUGACACUAAACGAUGAGAUAUUUGAAGAUAUAGAAGAGCUAACAACUCUCAAUUUAAGAAAUAAUCUAAUUGAAAACAUUAAGGAGCUAGAUAUGCCAGGUUUGAAAGAGUUAGAUGUAAGCCUUAACAACAUAAAACUAAUAAAGAAAACCACUUUUGAAGGGGUUCCUGACCUGUCUACUUUGAAUAUGUCUCACAAUAAAAUCACUUGGAUUUCUGAAGAGACCUUCAAGGAUCUCAUUGAGUUAAGACAUCUUGACUUGUCCCAUAAUGCUCUUAUAGGUCCGUUACCCAAAUUCAUUUUUGAGGAGAAUGAAUACCUCGAAACAUUAUCUAUUGGAGGUAACAAUGGUAUGCAUAUUUUUGAAGGAUUUUCUACUGAACUACCCAGGCUCUACAAACUUGACAUAUCUGAUUGUGGCCUUCACAACAUAACAAACUCGUCAUUCAGUGGCAUGCCGAGUCUGGCCAUCUUGAAUGCCAGUAUGAAUUCUUUAACAUCAUUAAAUCAUGUAAUGAUGUCCAAACUUCAUCGUCUCAAUACUCUCGAUCUGUCACAUAACGAAAUUACAAAGGUGGGAGCAUAUACAUUUUCUAGCAACUUACAUCUGAGGAAACUAAAUCUUUCAAACAAUAAAAUACAUCAUCUUUCCCCAAACACUUUUGACACAACUUCAUUUCUCUCAUACUUGGAUAUCAGUAAUAAUCAACUUUCCUAUGUCUGGCAUGCAAAUGAUUCAGAAUACAUGAAAGAAAACAAAAUAUUGAGUCAACUUGAAAAAUUGAACAUUGCAGGAAACAAAAUUAAGGACUUGCACAAACACAGUUUCAGCCAUUUAAUUAACCUUCAGGCAAUUAACAUACAGGACAAUCCUUUGGAGUGUACGUCAGAGUUCCCAGCAUUCGUUGAGUGGAUGUACAAGUAUAAUAUUAAGCCUCUGGAGCAUAUUGGAAAAUCUCCUGCAGCUGAAGAAAAACUUGAGAUAUCCAAUCUUCAGUGGGAUGACCUAUUCAUGGAAGUGUGCAAACCCCAAAAGACAGAAAAGAUAGAAAUCAAGACGAAGCCAGUAAAAGGUGAAGAGAUGGACGAUACAAAAGAACACGACUUGAACUUCUAUCAAUACACUGUUAUUGAAGAUGUCAAACUCAACGAUGCCAAACUCGACAAAGAAAACGAAAUAGCAAUGGAAGCCACAGAAGUAGAUGAAUUAGCUGAAGAAGUAACUUCUUACAUGUGGCCAACAUUUUUAGUAAUUUUCUCUAUUGUGUUUCUGUUACUAGCCAUUGGUAACACAUUAGCCUUAGUGAUUUAUAACAGAAACCGCAACCCUUAUAACACCGUUGGAAUGAAAACUGCUUUCACUUCACCAUUCAAACGCACUAUGGUCAAACUAGACACCACACCUCGUUACCACAAACUGUAUGAAGAAUGCAGUGUUCCAAACACACCGAUCGUAAAAGGAAAUUUGCUGGGAAAUAUUGUCAAUUCACAACGUAAUGUUUUUACCCUUUCAAAAUCAAAAGAAGACAAUGUUGUGUAAGAUAUCCAUAAACCAACAUGCUUAUUUUAAUCUAAAUUGUAUAUUAGUUAUAAUGUAGGACUAAUGUAUUACAUUUGUUUAAUAUUGUAUUGUUAGUUAAUAACCUAAACUCUAAGUCAAUAAUGUGAUAAAAUUAAUGUUCAUUACACACAAUUUAUUUUACUUAAUUAUGUACUUCAUAACUGCAACACAUAGUUUUAAUAAAUAAUAGUUUUGUAAAUAUACAUUUGUAACUUUUUACAUAAAGUCUGUAUAAGUAGCAAAAUUCCUACUACAUUCCAAUUUUUGCAUCUAUUAUUUUAUUUUUUAUCUGAAAAUGUGUACAUAUUUGUAAAGUGCCUGUUACAAGUACCAGUUUUUGAAAUUGGUACAAAAUUUUAUAAAACUACAAUUUUUCUAUAAAUUAUACCUACUAACUUAUUAAAAUAAAGAACUGAAGAACAUCCAACUUUAAAGUACAUUGUUGAAAGAUUUUGUGUGCUUUGAAGUAGACCUGUGUCUAUAAUCCUAAACAUGCUAUUUUAAUGCUUAUGUUUAAGUUUAACAGAGGUUUUUACUGCAAAAAUAAAUGUUAACUAUUAUUAUCUUGUAUGAUCAAGAAAUAACAGGUAAAUGUGUAACAUUAAUCAUUUUUGUUAACUCUAAAGGGUAUAAAAAACAGAAUGCAGUGUGUCAAUUUACUUCAUAUAAGGGAAUAAAUAUAUUCAACAACCAACAAUAUAUUUAGUCAAAAGCAACAUUACCUUUACCUAUGUAUUAUCAGCAUAACCACAUUUUACAUGUUUCAAAAUAUUUGAUGAAGUAUCAAAAAGAAAUUCUAGAUCUCCAAGGAAGCAUAAGGGAUUGAGGUCUGCUGUAUUCUCCCUCACCUACUAUUUUGAACCAAAUAACAAACUAAAAUAUUUUCACUUCUUUAUAUAAAUGAAUGUCACUUUUAAAAUAGUCUAACCUAGUGAGGUUAUACUCAUCAAUAAUGAUGAUCCAUGUGUGUUCUGUAUUAAAUAAUCUGGAACAUUAAAGUGAAUUUAACUGAUAUUAAAAUA